CGUGAGAAGUGUCCCUGCUCAACAUUCAGCAUGAACUCACAGCCUUGAUGUGUCAAAGGCCACGCGGCUUGCUGCAACUACUGUAUACAGCUUGAAUUGCUUAAAUUGUUUCGCGGCCUGGGAAACUUGCCAAGCGCCCCACACCCAUCCCUCGCGCGCUGCGACAGCCCGAUUUAAUUGCCCACCGCUCCGUCUACACGCAGUUACUACAAUGACACAGCUACGUAGCAUUCACUCUGCGACCAAAGCUUCCCGGCGAGACAACAACUGGCCGAGCAGCGUCGCUCGGCCCCCACCGGUUGGACGCCGUCGGGGCGGUGCUCUGGCCUUCCAGCGGCUGGCGCACGAGAGAGAGAGAAGGAGAGCCUGGGCGUGCUGACGGCUGAGUCAACAGGCUGGUCAGUAUGAUUUAUGUUCCGCGGCUGAGCGACAUUCGCUAGGGCAUCGCGCAGCAGUCUAGCGGCGAGCAGGCACGCGCCAGUGCGCGCGGCCCGCGGCCUGUCCGCGGCCUGCCAGCAGCAGUUUGCCGGAGCCAGCCUUGCAGACUUAGCGCCCGAUGGCGUCUUUGCGAACCGGCUCGUUGCAGCAACCACAACUGAAGAAGCAGCCGCAGCAGUCGACUGAGGAGAUCUCGCCAGCUGCGGCCUCGCAGCAGCAGCGCGGCAAGCAGCAACUGCUGAAACCGCAGCAGGGAAAGGGCAAAGGCAAGGGCAAGGGCUUUGCCAACAAGCCCCCGUCGCAAGCUGCUGCUACUGCUGCCGCGGCCGCGGCCGCGGUCGGUCUGCUUGACCCAGGGGCGCCGGCAGCAGCCGGCGGCGAGCUGCUACAGCCCCCCGCCGCGCCGGCCGCUGCUACAGCCUCCACUUCCCAAUCGGCUGAGAACUCCUGCGUCAGUCUAGACCUGGGGACCGGAGGCUGCUGGGCCGCCAGCGGCGCGGCGGCGGCGCCAGCAGCAGCAGCAGCAGCGGCAGGAAGAGGAGGUGCCGGCAGCUUCCUCGCAGCGCCCUCGGCGGAGCCGUCGGCGCCAACUGUGCCGGCCGCCGGCGCCGCCGCCUCCGCCGCCCGCAGGAACCGCAGCAGUAGCAAGGCUGCGGGGUCGCGCGGGACGCAGGGCAAAGCAGCUGGCGGUGUCGGGGUGGCUACGGAGCAGCACCAACUGCAGCCUACUGGCGCCGCCGCCGCCGCCGCCAUGACUGACAGCGCCACAGGCGCCGUUGGUCCGGCCGCCGCCGCCACUGCUGCCAAGCAACGCGGCGGCAGCGGAGGCAAGCGCAAGCGCGGAGGAGAGGGCGCCGCCGCAGCUGCAGCUGUAGCAGCCGCUGCCGCGUCUGAGGGGGCUAGCGGCAAGCCGCCGCCGGCCAAGAAAGCCGCAAAGGGCAAGCAAGGUUGCAGCAGCAGCGCAGCCGCCAAAGUGCAGCCCGACCCCAGCCGCCUCCUGAUGGACCUGUACGACGUGGCAGAUGGCGGCGCCGCCGCCGCCGCCACCUCGUCAUUCCUGGCCGGCGGCGGCGGCGCAACUGACGACGCCACCGCAGCGGCAGUAGCAGCAGCCGUGGCGGCGGCUGUAGCAGCCUGUGGCGGCGGCGGCGGCGGUGGUGGCAGCGGCGGAGAUGGCGCCGGCGGCGGCGGUGGUGGCGGUUUCAGCGGCCUAGGCUUCGGCGGUUUCGGCGAUCUGGAUUUCGACUUGAACGGUGAUGACAUAGUAAGCGGGAGCGAUGCCGGUGAGGGCGCCGCCGCUACAGCCGGCGGCGCCGGCGGCGCCGGCGGCGCAGCCGCCGCCGCUAGGCGCGCUGCUACAGCCACCACGGCUGGCGGCGGGGAGGCUAUGUCGUGUGGCGAGGAGGGUCAGGCGACGUCUGCUGGCGGCACGACGGGUGGCGGCGGCGGCGGCGGCGGCGGCCUGAGCACGGGGGCUGUGCCGGGCGAGGACCCUGAGAAGGCCAAGGAGCGGCGGGAGAAGAACCGCAUUGCGGCGCGCAAGUGUCGGGCCAAGAAGGUGCAGAUGGUGCGGCACAUGCAGGAGGAGCUGAAGGAGCUGGUGUCAGCCAACCACGAGAUGAAGACGCAGGUUGUGACGUGGCACCGCAUGUUCAGCCGGGAGGUGAAGCUGCGAGAGGCCAUGAAGCGCCUCAUUCUGGCGGUGUGGGGGCAGCCGGCGGCCAGGGCCACAGGCCACACCGCCAAUGACGUCAUCAUCGGACUGGAGUCGGGCACACUCGACAUCAACGGAGUGUCAGCCAUGCUGCACGCAGCCGGCGGCGCCGCCGGGCCGCCGCCGCCGCACCCGCCGCCGCCGCAGCCGCAGCCGCAGCAACCGUACCCAGCCGCCGGCGGCGCCGCCGCCACUGGCGCGCUGGCGGCGGCUGCGCCGCCGCCGCCAAUGCCGCCGGGGGCUGGCGGCUCCGGCGGCGGCGCCGUCGUUGCGCCGUUGCCGCCGGGCGGGGGCGGGGCUGGCCCAAGGCUGAGGCCGGGGCCGGCGGCGCUUGACGUGUGCGGACUGCUACAGCCGCCGGUGCUGCUGCCUGGCGGCGGCAGUAGCAGUGUCGGCGGCAGCUCGGAUGGCAUCAUGCCGCCGCCGCCGCCGCCGUCGCUGCUGCCGGGUCCAGCCGGCGGCGGCAGCGGCAGUAGCACCGGCAACGGCGCCUGUGACCUCACGCCGUACCCGCAUGCGGGGCGGCAGCCGCAGCAGCCGCGGACGCCGCUACGGCCGCUGCAGCUGCCGCUGCCACAGACCGGCUCCGUGUCUGCCGCCGCCGCCGCUGCCGCCGCCGCCUCUGCCGCCGCCGCCGGGCCCACCAGUCCUCGCGGCGUCGGGUCCCCAACCGCCGCCGCAAUGGUGCCUGGGGCCUUCGCCGCCGCCAGCGGCGGCGGCGGCGGCGUAUCAAGCCCGUUUGCGGCGGCCGCCAUCCCGCGCAGCCCCUUCGCCGUGGGUGCGGCGCAAGCCAGUGUGCAGCAAAGCGAGCUGCUGGCGGCGGCGGCAGACGUUCAUUCGGACGCAGCAGUAAUGCCGGAUGCUGCGGCGGUGCCGCCGCCGCCGCUGGCGCCCCUGCCACCGCCGGCGCUACCGGCGCUGCCGAGUGGCGGCGGCAGCCGCCGCCUGCCGCUGCUGUCCUCUCCCUUUGGAAGCGUCGUGUCGCCCUUUCCUGCUGGCCACGGUGAGGAAGAGCCGCUCGCGCCGCCGCCGCUCGCGCCGCCGCCGCCACCGCUGUCGCCUGCAAGCCAGCGGGCGCCGCGUGUGGGCGGCGGCGGCGCCGGUGUGUCGGGCUUUAGCCCUGUUGCCAACGCCUCGCCGUUCGCAUGCAUGGCCGCCGCCGGCGCCGCCGACACCGCCGCGAGCGACGGCACGCCGCCGACGCCGCCGGCGCACAUGUUAGCAGUCAACAUGACAGCAGCAACAGCAGCAGCAGCAGCAGCAGGAGCAGGAGCAACAGCAGCAGCAGGUACAGGCGGUGACGGCGGCGGCGCCGCCGCCCAGCCCGGCACGACGCCCAGUGCUCUGUACAGCAGUAGCAGGCUUGGCGGCCCGAGCGCCACAGCAUCCACACUACCGGUGCCGGCAGUAGCGGGCACAAGCAGCGGUGGCGGCGCCAGCGGUGGCGGCGCGAGCGGUGGCGACGGCGAUGGCGAUGGCCGUGGCGGCGGUGGCGGAGGCGAAGGCGGGGUUGGAGGCGAGCGCGAGCGCAGCGCUUUCCAUGCCUUCAGCAUGGGGCUUGGCAAUGGCAGUCUGGGCCCCGGCGUGAGCCUGGGUCUGGCGGCGUUGCCGUCUCUGGAGGCGUCCUUCUCGCUGGCGAGGCUGCUGUCGCUGCAAGCCGUCGGCGGAGGCGGAGGCGGAGGCGGCGAGGCAGGUGGUGGUGGUGGAUAUGGCGGAGGCGUGGGAGAUGGUGGUGCUGGGGAUGGAGGAGGUGGCGGUGAGCGGCUGCGGCUGCAGGAGGCGCUGAGGUCGACUAGCCUGGGUACACUUAUUCAGGAGCAGCAGGAGCAGCGCGCGCAGGCGCAGCAGCGCGAGGGGCAGGGGCACCAGUCGCAGCAGCAGCCGCACCACGACCACCAGACGCCGCUGGAGGCGUGGCUUGCCAGCCUCACCAACGGCGGUGGCGGCAGCGGCGGCGGCGGUACAGGUGGCAGCGGCGGCGGCGGCGGCGGCGGCGGCGGCGGCAGCUCGCAGGGCACUGCCGCCGGCGCGGCAGUCAUCACACCCAAGGCCCCGGCGCCGCCGCCGCCGCCACAACAGCAGCAGCAGCAGCAGCAGCAGCAGCUGCAGCCGGCGGCGGUGCUACUGCCGUCGAUGCGGCUGCCGUCCCUGAACCUGGAGGGGGCUCCCAGCAGUACCCUGAUGGCGCUGUCGGACCCGGGGCUGCUGCUGCUGCGGCACGACUCGGGCGGAAUGGACUGGCUGGCAGGGCUGCAGCAGCAGGGAUUGCAGGGGCUUCAGCAGCAGCAUCAGCAGAACCAGAACCAGCCACAGCAGCAGCCACAGUCGCAACAGCGGGGUUUAGGCAGCCAGUGCAAACCACGGGAGGAGCCGCACCAGAGCCACCAGAGCCACCAGAACCAGCAGCAGCAGCAGCGGGCAGCGCGGUCGCCGCCGCGGCCCCGGUCGCCGCGGCCGCCGGCGCCAGCGCACAUCAAGGAGGAGGUGUGCGCCUGAGGCGGCGCCUGGCGAGACGGUGGGGGCACAUGCAGCGCAUUCUGCGCCAAAGAAUGACAGUAAGCGCGUUUCUAGGAAGAGCACACGUUGUGUUAAUGAUGGGACGGCGUUUAAGGGGGGCCCAACACUGCUGUCUGGCAGCUAAAACGAAUGAACAAUUCAGUUGAGGCACGGGAAUUGCUUUUCGAAAUUGCUUUCACGCUCUGUGCUUUCACGCUCUGUGCUCGAGUUUGUGUUUGCGGCCGGCGCCGAGAGGGUGCGCAGCCGCCAGGGGUAGGAGGCAGGUCUGAGCCGCGGCCCGGAAGGAAGGGCGCCCGCAGCGGUUGAGUCACGCCUUAGGUGCGGGCGCGCUUUGUGGGCUUCUUUUCCUCCUGACGGUUUUUCCUUGUGUGGGCGUGCCUGUGCUCCUGUAACGCGACGGGUGGGGUGGUUUGCGGGUUGAAAGCGCAACCCGAUUUUACGGUUUAUUUGAUUCCAGGUUGGUGCGGCGUGGAGGCGGUGGCGCAAGGUAGUAGCGGCACGGAGCGCGGCAAGGGCGCCCUGUGUGCGGCGUCGUGCCUGCAGACGUGUUUGCGGGAUUCCAGCGGGAGAGCAAUACAGGAAGUUAAUCAGACCUUGUGGCAUGGCACCCGCAACAUGGCACAACCGCACAGAAAGUUUAGGAGCUCAAGUCAAGACACAGGUCGGGCUCGCUGGAUUUGAAGAAGGGAUGGGUACGGUCGGGGAAGUGGGGGUGGGGUGGGGCACGCGGCAAUGGGGCUGCACGCCAGAAUCGACAAGUGUGGAUAGCAGUGCGGCUGAUGAUGAUGAUGGUGGGCCCAACGCAAUGCGAGUUUAGACAGCAAGAGCGCAACACGGUUUGGUUAGGUACACGUAUAGGGGCGUUGAAUGGUGCGGAGCGUACACUUCAAUACAAUACAAUACACGUGAUGGCUGGCUGGCUGGAUGGAGGGCUGUUUUUGAAGUGUUUGGCGUGUGAGCAGCCUGCAUAACAACACACAAGGCUGUAGGAGAUCACAGAUCCGUGAGUGAGUGAUGAUCAAGAUGACCGGUACCAUGUCGAGUUGAGGGGAACAAAAGGUGGACAUGGGUGCGGACCGCAGCAGCAGCGACCGCCUGCGGUAGCGACUGGCGACUGGCGUGUGCGGCUGUGUUGCUGGGGGUGUCGCAGCAGGUGCGUCGGAGGCGGUGUCAGUGUUGGCGACGAGGAUACAGGAGACAGGAUAGAGAAAGGAAGCAAGAGGGUAGAGAAUAACAAUUCUAGCAGGCUGCAAUUUCGUGAGAGCGUACAAGCAAGUUCGUGAUGGCUCUCCGGGGGCGCAACAACACCCGCCCCGCGGUCGGUAUAUGGUAUGAUGGUGCUAACAUAUCUUUAUGUGUGCUGGCCGCUCGAAGGAAAGGCAUGUGCUUAUGCGGCAGUACAAGUUGGCAUGCACAAGUUGACACGCACAUAACGGGUUUUCCCGCAGACACACAACACACACAUACAACACACCGUGGAAACGCAAGACGCACGCACCCGUGUGAGGGCGCCCCGUGGUGUGUGGCACCCCGUGUGUGUUUUCCACUUCGCAUGGUCGCGCGGUCCGUGUACGUGUGUGUGUGUGGUGUGUGUGGCACGAUCACCGCUGCCCCGUCGUGUGCGGAGCUGGAGUUUUUGCCUGGCGGGCUGCGAGGGAGGCAUUGGCGCAUUGUCCUCGCUUGGCGCGGAGCACACAACCUCAACUUGCAAAGGUGUUGAGUGACGGCCGAUACUGUUGGUGCUAAAUAGAUUUUGGUGUGUGAGAGGCAUACGCGCCGUGUUCGGAACCGCGUUCGCGUUAGGCGUCGCGUGUGUGUAUGUAUGUGACGACGUACUGCUGGCGAGUCGGCGCGUUGCUUUGUGCUGCGUAAAGUUGUCAAGGUUAUGGCGUGGCCACGG